GCUGGCGGUCGGCACACUCGACUCCGCUAUCGCCACUGUUGGUAGGAGCAUGAACGGAGGAGGCAGCAGUGCAGGUAUUGGCAACAGUGGCAGCAGCAGCAGCAGCACGGGGUUGGGCACGAACCCUAGCUCUGUGAGUCAUGGACAUGGAGGCCGAGUGAGUGCCUCUGAGUUUUGCUUUGAUAUGCUCAAGCGAGCAGUUGCCCAGCUGGUGGCCAACUACGAAGCCUUCCAGGGCAUGGACGCCACCGCAGUCAAUGUCUUUACCUCUGCCCUUGCACGCUUCAUGUUUGUGGCGUCCAAGAAGAGCCACGAGGCGGCAGAGCAUGCAGGACGGACGGAUGCCAAUGCCGAUGAUGUGGUGCAGGCUGUGCUGGGCAUGCUGGGAAGCUCGGUGAGGGAGCUGAGGGUGUACGCGGCGGUGGCAGAGGCCAAGCCGCUGCCGCAUGUUCUACUGCCCAUCCCGGCUCCGCGCUCGGACGAGACUGCCUCGUCGUCAGAGGCUAUUGCUGCCCGGGCCAUGGGCUACUCGCGAUCAGGGAGUGCAUCGGGCAUGCCUGGCGGCAAGCACGCCGGUAAGGCGUACAUUGCCGCUCAUCUCCCGCCGCUGCCUGAGCCGAGAACGUACAUCCAGACGCCAGCAUUCCCCGAGCGCGUCACGGACGAGCGCAUGCUGCGGACGAUGCGCUCGGAGCACGUGGCCCAUGCACAGGCGGCGCUCACCGGCCUCCACGCCCGCUUUCCGGCCGCGUCGUCGGCAGCCGUGGUCUCGCGCCGGACGCCUCGUUCGGUCAAAGACGUCCCAGCCGCCGCCGCGCCUGCAGGCAAGGCCAAGGGCCGGGCCGCCACGGCUGCCGCCAAGAAAGAAGCCGCCGUCGUCGCCGCCGCCGCCAAUCCGUGGUUCGUUGUCGCCGCCGCGCCACCGCCGCCGUCGCAGGCCUUUGCCGAUGCGCUGACCUCGCACAAACGCCAGCACGAGCCGGCGCCGGCGCCCGCCGCGCCACCGUCAAACCUCGCGCCGCCCGUCGACCAGCCGCCGGCCAAGCGGCAAAAGCUUCUGCCCGAGACGACCGUCUCCUAA